AUGGCGGUAAGAGCUUUUAUUUUUGCUCUGUAUAUUGUAAGUUUGUAUGCACUCCUGUUCAUUCAAGAGACCUCGAAUGGUUCAAAGAUUGGUAGAAUAACGCGUAGUGAAGGAUCCUCGCCGCGUGGAAAUGGUAAAGUAAAGCAUGGUCUUGAGAUUUUAGCGAGAUUGACCAGCAGACGCCAAGACUUGACAAGAUGCGAACGACGAAGGGCGAAUCUAUUUGACUCUAUAGCUGUGCCUACGAACAAAUAUUUGUUUAUGAUACUCCUGUUAUUGUCAAAUGAUGUUCACGUAUACACCCAGGUCCGAUUAAAACGCGUGCUCCUUGUUGUAAUAUUUGCGAAAAGUCGAUAA